AUGGACGAUGAACACAGCCCAAAGUCUCAUGUUGACACCAAUUAUCUCCCUCUCCUCGAGCCGGGCAAUGAAAAGACUCCUCCUCAGUCAACGAAACCAACAUGGCGCAUCAAACUUUCCAAGUAUUGGGCUUUUGUGGCGCACCUUGCUCUAAUCCCCCUCGUAUCCAUGGUCUGUCUAUGCUUUAUUGACGGGCGUACAUUUAACGUCAACUCCCGUCGACCUCAAUACCGAGACAUUGAUGGCCUUCUUUCCAAUGCGACAUCUUACGCUCUCCUCCAAUCCGACAUCACAACUGCUGUCUCGUUGGCAGCUACAUUUACACGUGUUGUGAGUGGAUGGUGGGCGACAGGCUACAUUUGGCGCUGCAUCUUUGUGGCCAUGGAGCGAGGGGGAAUUUCCGCAAAAGGGGUAUCACAGGCGAUCUCAAGCUGGCAUCCUGUACUUUGCCACUCUACUCGGAAAAGUAACAUGGUCAUCAUAUACAUUGCCCUUUUUGCCACCUUCGCCAUCGAUUAUUUCUCCGCAGUUUUAACCGGCUCAUUCAUUUGGGAGGCUGCGGACAUGCAAAUACUUGGAAGGAUACCACUCAGAAUCUCAAACGGAACCGCAGGUUAUCCCAUGAAUAUUUUGUUGAGUGAUAAUUGGCAGUCUCCGGUUCUGUCAAUGGCUUCGGCUUCUGCAGGCAUCGUAUGGAUACCCCGGUUAAACUCCCCUUUAGACAAACCAUUCCCCAAUACAACGUUUCGGCGUGUUAUCCAAGAAGCGCCCUACAUCCCCACCAAUUCCACCCUAGCCGAAGUUACGAUGCCUUAUUUUGCCGUCGAUGCUUUCGAGUGGGUGCAAGACCCCCAGGUCUUGACAGACACACAAAUCUCCCUACUUAGUGAGACGAGCGAGUAUAAUCCUUUUGCGACACUUGAAGAUAUCACCGCGAUGGUUGGUGGGUUCUUACCCAACGUCCAGUGGGGAGAAGGACCACAGCCUCCAGUGCCGAGUGAUCAGGAUCCCAACAUUGGCAUGCCUAUAUCAGAAACACGACUAUUCGCCCAGAGGGUCCAAUACAUUCAUGAUCCGGAGUGCCCACAGAAUUACACGAUCGACCGUGGGGGCUCGCCAAUCAACUUGUUUGGCGCACCCUUAGUGGGCGGCGGUGACGGUUUGGAACCCUCCUUGAUCUGCUUUGCUAUUGCAAAUGUGUCGUACCGGGCUGGAGUAUUCAAAUGCCGAAACUGUAAAAUCAUUUCUCCGAAUGUCGUGGAAGCAGAGGCCGCCUCCUUUUCACUCAUCGGAAAUCCAUUUACUUCGUAUGCACUGGGACUAUCACCAGUCCUUGGAACCAAUCUUAUGUUAUCUACGUAUGCUACUCCCGUCAACUUUAGGACAGUCGAAGACUUCGCCAUCCAGUUAACUUCGCGGGCAUAUCAGGCCGUAUGGGCAGCAUUGUCGGACUUGCACUCGACGAACUAUCGAGCUACUUCUGUGCAGAUUGCCUUGCCGACGUUGCGCGCCAAAAUCAUUCACUGGAGAGUAUACCUUUGGGUAGUGCUGCAUCUUUGGGUGUUAGCGCUAGGAUUGCUUUUUGUAUACAUUCAAAGUCGUUGCGAUCACCCGUGGGUGGAGGACCCGACCAUGGCUGUCUUCUGGCUGGACACAAGAGCAGUCCUUCCCGACCCAGGCGGACAGCGUGUUUCAGACCCAUGGCAGCCUGGAACAGUAAUUCGCGAAGAUGAAUAUGGAAGGCUUGUACUCGACCACAUCGAAGCCGGUCAGCGCUCAGUGCAAGUCAUGAUCAGGAAGGAUAGUGGUUCGCGUCAGCACAGAUAUUCGGAUUCAAUACCGUUACGGCGUAGGAUGGGUCCUUCAAGUUUCGCGACACCAAGGGAGGAGGGCAGAGAAAGUGUUGAGACACUCAUCGGGACUUCCGUUUUGAAGACUAGCCCAUUGGAUUCCACAAAGACCCGCGAAAGUUCUGCAGAAUAA